AUGGUGCCAAUGCCAGGGCGGAGGACGUGGAGGGCGGACAGUGUAGGCGCGAGGAGGGUGAGACAGGCGAGGGCGCAGCAGGCGAUGUGGGGGCAAGAUGGGCGAGGGCGAGGCGGAGAACGCGAGGUAAACAAGGGCAACGCAGAUGAGCCCGACGCGGACGAGCGCGAGCGCGAGACGGGCAAGGGCGUUGUGGGCACGGCCGGAACCUGGGAGGGGAAGGGGACGCGGGAGCAGAGGGGGCGAGAAGAACUUAAGUACUCACUAGAGGAGGCCACGGAAGCUCACCGCGACAGCCAGGCGCGCGAGCGCGAUGGCGCCGGGUGGACGAAGGAUCAGACGACGCGGGGCAGGCCUGAGGCUGGGGACACGGGCAACGCGGGCGAGGGCAAGAGCGACGCGGAAGAUGCGGGAGACGCGCGGCGGACGUGA